AUGGCGCGGUCACGGUCGACAUGGCUUUUACAGAAGGUGGUGCGGAAUGAGGCCAUGGCAAAUGACCCCCCCGAGAUUUACGGAUGGAGAGUUUAUAUGCUCGCUUGCUCGGCUUGUUUUGGUGCCAUGUGCUUUGGUUGGGACUCGUCCGUAAUUGGCGGUGUCAUUGUGCUCCCUCCUUUCGUCGAAGACUACAAGCUCGGAGAUCCGAAAAGUGUGGCUUCGCAAAACCUAUCUGCCAACAUCGUGUCUGUGCUGCAAGCUGGUUGCUUUGCUGGUGCCCUACUCGCAUCCCAUCUCACCGAUAGAUUUGGUAGGAAAUGGUGUCUAAUUGGUAUCGCCUGGGUGAUAUUGGUAGGUGUUGCCAUGCAAGCCGCGAGCUCUGGCCACCUGGCACCGAUGUAUGUAGGACGCUUCAUCGCGGGCCUCGGAGUUGGAGCGGCCUCUACUAUCAACCCCAUCUAUGUCUCCGAAAAUGCCCCUCGAGCGAUCCGAGGGCUGCUCACGGGUCUGUACCAGCUCUUCAUCGUCACCGGCGGUAUGAUCGCCUUCUGGAUCAACUACGCUGUCAAGGUCCAUUUCAAUGGUCCGACGAUGUAUAUCUUCCCAUUGGCCAUCCAGGCUCUUCCGGCAUUCCUGCUUUUCGCAUGCAUGCUUAUGUGCAACGAAUCUCCCCGGUGGCUUGCACGACAAGAUCGCUGGGAAGAGGCGAAGGCUGUGUUGAGCCGCCUACGGAAUCUCCAGCCGACACACCCAUAUCUCGAAGAAGAGUUUCAGGAGAUUGCUGACCAGCUGGAAUACGAGAGACAACUCAUUGGCGACGCGACGUUCUGGAACCUUCAGAAAGAGAUGUGGACCAUCAAGGGUAACCGAAAUCGUGCCCUCAUUAGCAUUAUCCUUAUGAUCUGCCAGCAGAUGACGGGUACGAAUGCUAUCAAUACCUACGCCCCGACUAUCUUCAGCAACCUGGGCAUCGGCGGCAUUCAGAAUUCGCUCUUCAGCACAGGGAUCUACGGCAUUGUCAAGGUCACAUCAUGCAUCUGUUUCCUACUCUUCAUGGCCGACUCUCUCGGACGUCGCCGCUCUCUCCUUUGGACCUCAAUCGCCCAGGGCCUAGCUAUGUUUUAUAUUGGUCUCUACGUGAGAAUUGCACCUCCCAAAGAGGGUGACCCUGUGCCACCGGCGGGCUAUGUUGCCCUCAUCUGCAUCUUCCUUUUUGCUGCGUUCUUCCAAUUUGGAUGGGGCCCAGCCUGCUGGAUUUAUGCUAGUGAGAUCCCCGCCGCUAGGCUUCGUUCUCUCAACGUUUCCUUAGCUGCUGCAACACAAUGGCUCUUCAACUUCGUGGUUGCGCGCUCGGUGCCUGUGAUGCUAGUCACAGUUGGUGGAAAGACAGGCUACGGAACAUAUCUUAUCUUCGGAAGCUUCUGUUUCUCCAUGUUCUUCUUUGUCUGGUUCUUUGUACCUGAGACAAAGGGCAUCUCUCUUGAACACAUGGAUGAGCUCUUUGGGGUGACCGAUGCAGACAAGCAAGCUGUUCUCGUGGCCGGGACCAGCAAGCAAGGCGAUGUGCGAGAGGUGAAGGAAGAGAAUAAAUGGGCUUGA